CCUCCUCCUCUAAAAGAAAAAAAACCAUCUCGCACUUUGUCCCCUCUCUUGCUGGCCCAGUGGCAUCAAGAGAGAGGCCGUAGGUGCCUCGAUGUCUCCGUUGUACCGCUCUUGCCAGCGGGGUUUGUUUGCGCAGCGCGCCGCUCCCGUUCGCUCUACGUGAGCUUCGCGACUUGCAGCUGGCGCGUUCCAAAUCUCUGGGAGCAGGCGGCUCAGCAAGGCCCCCUUCGAGUGGUCAAAUCGGUGCCGGGGAGCUGCGAAUUUUACAGCAAAGGGGAAGCAAUUAAGGUGCCGGUGGCUUGACGUUACUGCCAGGUUAGGGUCGUUUAGUUUUGUUUUGUUGUUGUUUAAGUGUUGCCCAUCUUUUAAGAAGAAAUACAUAUUUGAACGGCGAUUUUAUUUUUUGUCUUGGAGGCGAUCAGGAUAUUUAAUUCGGCAUGUCUUCGCAGCAAGUCUCAAGCAUAUUCCAACCACAUCUGCAUUCCGUGGAGGCUAUUGGGUGAUGGAUGCGUGUGUGAGUGUGUGGGACGAGAGAGAGGAAGAGUGGGGAUGCUUACGAAUGAACCGCGCAAGUCAUCUGACUCCUCCUCCUCCUCCGGGGGUCUACCAGCGACGGAAGAAGGCGGCGCUGGGCUUCACGAGCGCGCUGCUCACCCUCGCCGCAGCCAUCCUCGUCACGGGCCUCGUGGGCACCACGCGCACGGACAACGUCGCCGUCGUCGGCUUCUACGCGGGCAUCGUUCUGGGCUUCGGAGCGUUUCUUGGCCUCCUCGGAGUGAGUCUCGUGGAGAACCGCAGGCAAAUGCUGGUUGCGUCCAUCGUGUUCGUCAGCUUCGGAGUGGUCGCCGCCUUCUGCUGUGCCACACUGGACGGGCUCUUUGCCGCUCGCCAAAUCGACCCGAGACCCCUCUACGCAGAGCGCUGCCAGUUCUACACCAGCGGCGAUGGCUACAUUUACGAAAACUACUUCUCCGAUGUGCCGUGCCGGAGCAGUCACGGGGACUGCUCGCUCAAGAUCCGCAGCGGCACCUGCUACUGCUGCGACCUCUACAACUGUGGCAGCGGCGACUACGCGGCCGUCUACUACGAGUUCGUGGGCGUGAGGAGCUGCCUCGGAGCCGUGCACCUCUACCGCCUGCUCUGGCUCUCCACGCUGCUCAACGUGUGCGCCGUCUUCCUGGGCAUCGUCACCUCGGCCGUCUUGGGAAGCUUCAAGGACACGGCACAGACGCUGCCGCGGGUCGAGUAUGUUCCAAGCUCGCUCGCCCAAAUCUCCUACAGCCCGAGCAUGCAGUCGCUCUCCUACAGCCCGUGCUAUCCCGGCCUGGCACCAUAUCCAUACGCGGCACAGUGCCGAGACACGGCGCUGGAUUACUACGCCGCCGUGGGAACCGGCGGAGCGGCGCUGGCGACGGGCGGCCUCCCGAGGGGGGACGCGGGCGGGCAGCUCUACCCGGGCGCCGGCGGCCUCUACCCUCCGCCACGACCCAGCGCGCCGCCUCUGCACGUGUCCCACGCGCGCGCCCCUUCGUUCGAGAAACCCGUGCCCUACGCGCCGUAGCGGCGACUCUCGCGGGGACGAAGCGCGCACCCGGAUCGUUUGAACGCACGCCCGCCCGCCCGCCCGCCCGUCCGUCCGUCCGCCCGCCCGUCCGCCCGCGCAUUUGUACCGGGGAUUUCCGCCGUCGGUCGCGGAGACUGUUUUUCUUUGCUCGGCCACUCGCCGUUUUCGCGCCGGCGCUCGACAGCUGUGGGUUUUAAUUUCAAAAAAUGUAGAAAUGAACGAGCGCUGUCUGUUUUGCACGCACGUGCGUUGAGGCGCGAGCGUGUGCACGCGUGUGUAACGAGGCGAGGGCGCCGAUGACUCUGAUAAAGACUGAACCAUUACAAACGAAAC